ACCACUACUGGAGUGUCAGCUAGUAGACUAACAGGUGCCUCUACUACUGAGAUGCGACGGAUGCUUACUAACGCAGAUUUUUUCAAUUCGAUUUUAGAUUUUUAUUUCAACAAAACAAUCGAAAUUGUUGUUUCAAUCUAUUUAACAUUUAGUGUUUCAUUCUAUUAAAACAUUUUGCUAUUCAUUCUGAAGACUUAAAACUUUGUUUUAAAAAUACGUGUCUCGGGAGUUUAGGCUACAUUUGUUUAUCAGUGUCAUUUCAAUAUAGUUUGAGAUUAUUCUUUUUUCAUCAAAUGUGGCUACUUGGUUCAACUCCUGAAGUCAUGGAAGAGCGCCUGUCACCUUCUGCGUGUUUCGUCCGGAACCCCGGCAAUAACCACAACACCGCAGCAGCGAGGGUUCACAGUAUUGAAGCAAUAUUGGGAUUUAAAGACGAAAACAUAUAUAAUCAAUCUGUCUCAUACAAUGGAUCAUCAGGGAAACUCGCCGAGCGGAGAGGGAACGGAAUUAUGUCAUCCCUGAAGAAAGAACACAACACGGAAAGUUUUGACAGUGUCUGCUGCAGCAGUUCGGGGGCCUCUGUUAGUCCUGAUUUACCUGACGGGGAGGAUAAACUGUCCGAUGAUGAGAACCCAAAGAAAAAGCACCGGCGCAACAGGACUACGUUCACAACCUUUCAGCUGCAUGAGCUGGAGAGAGCGUUCGAGAAGUCGCACUAUCCUGACGUCUACAGCAGAGAGGAGCUCGCGAUGAAAGUGAAUCUUCCGGAGGUUCGAGUGCAGGUGUGGUUCCAGAACCGUCGGGCCAAGUGGCGUCGCCAGGAGAAGCUGGAGGUGAGCUCCAUCAAGCUCCAGGACACUUCCUCCUUCCUGUCCUUCAGCCGCUCCUCCUCCCAGUCUCUGGGCUCCGGGCUACAGGUGGAGCCAUGGCUCAGCACUCCCACCACCACUGCCACCCCCCUGCAGUCCCUUUCCGGGUUCAUCACCAGCCCAUCUCAGGGUCUCCAAAGAACCUCCAGCUACACUCCUCCACCCUUUCUCAACUCCCCCAGUUUCGGGCAUAUUGGUUCUCUGUGUCCUCCUCCGCCGCCCCCGUACCAGUGCUCAGCGUCUGGGUACGUGGACAAGUUAACUAUGGAGGAGUUGGAUCCUCGUAAUUCUAGUAUUGUGUCUCUGAGGAUGAAGGCUAAGGAGCAUAUUCAGUCUAUUGGGAAGACAUGGUGAGGAUGGAUAGAUGCUGUCUGCAUCCCUCUGACUGGGGCCAACACUUUAAAGACUACUACUGCAUGCAGUGCUGCUGCUCUAGUCUGUGGACAUGGAUGUCCACUGUGCUAGAGGACUAGAGGACUAGAGGACUAGAGGACUAGAGGGCUAGAGGACUAGAGGACUAGAGGACUAGACGACUAGAGG